AUGAAAUUGAAAGUACAUAACACCCAUCUAUCUACACAUCGAUCAGUGAUAUUACAUUAUUACAAUCUGGGCCAUCGUUGUGCUGCUGAAAUUGCUCGACAAACAAAGAUUCCUGUUCUUACUGUCCGGUAUAAUCUGGUCAAAAUUAAGAAAGAAGGUGGAGUGGAACAUCGACGGGGUAAUGGUCGACCACGGAAGAUCACACUUGAAGAUAAUCGAGCAAUAGCAAAUCGAAAUUUGACUGUAUCUCGAUGGACAGUGCAACGACAGCUUCAUCGUUUAGGUUAUGAAAAUGUUUUACCACGAGGAACUCCAAUGCUGACAAAUGAACAAAAAGAAAGACGUGUACAAUGGGCAUUGGCACAUAAAGACGACGAUUGGAAUCGAACAGUGUUCUCUGACGAAACAUCGUAUCAAUUAUUCCGAAACACAAUACAUCGUUGGUCCAAACAUGCUCAAGAAGAAAAAAAAAGAAUUCCAAAAAACAGACAAAAAAUCAUGGUGUGGGGUGCAUUCACCAACAAAGGUCAAAUAUCAUGUUAUUCGUUUCGAACAACAAUGGAUGGACCUCUCUAUGUCGAGAUACUUCGAAAACAUCUUCUUAAUGGUGCAAGAAAACAGUUUGGGAGUCGUUGGCGAUACCAACAAGACAACGACCCCAAACACACCAGUAAAAUAGCUAAACAAUUCUUGGAAAAGGAAGUACCCGAAAUGAUUGAUUGGCCAAGUAACAGUCCCGAUAUCAAUCCAAUAGAAAACAUGUGGUCGAUACUCAAGCGACGUGUAGAAAAACAAAACCCAUCAAAUAUCGACGAACUCGAUCAGUUUUUACACGAAGAAUGGCAAAAAGUCGAAACAAACAUUAUAAAUAAUUUGGUGAAUUCGAUGAAAUCUAGAUGUUUAGCGAUUAUUGAUUCAAAGGGAGAAAGAAUAAAUUAUUAA